GUCCUCCUUGUGGAAGUGUAGUAGAGUAUUUUAAAAGCCACUUUAACAUCAACAUGCUCCAUUCCUUCGCCCAACAACAAAUAUUUUUGUCUUCUCCACCUAAUUUAUUUUAUCCCUAAAUCCCCCUUUUUUUUUUCUCCUCUCUCUGUAAACCCAACAUUGAAUUUAUUGUCUAACAAUGCUCGGCGUUGAGUUAAGGAUCUCUACCGUCGCCGGAGUUUUCACCGAUCUACCGGAAACAAGUCGCCGGAGUGCCAGCUGGAACUGUAACUCCUCCAUUGGAAAUAUCUCAUAUCAUCUCUCUUCCAGAAAUAGGCAUUGUAGAAAGUCCAGAUUCAUGGUAAUCUGUAGCAAGUCAUCACGCGGAAGCUUUAAUCGGAAAUCUAAUCAGAGUGAUGAACCGGGUGAUGAUUAUAUUGAAGCUGUCGUUCUCGUUUCAGAGACUAUGAAGCACUACAAAAUGCAUAUGGGUGGAUUUCAAGAAGAAACAAGAUGGCGCUCAUCUGCUCACCUGAUUCCCUCUUCUUUUCAUCCUAAGGAUCGUAUUGCUGAUGCAUCAUCUUUAGGGACAGGAUUUCUUCGCCGUUUUAAGAAUCCAACUAUUUUUCUUAAGAUUUCCUGUGGUGCAGAAUAUGUCUUACCAAUUAUUGUUGGAGAACAUGCUGUCGAAAAACUUAUAGAUUCAUUGCAUGAGGAGGAGACUGGGGAUUGCCCCGAUGAGUUCCUGCUUUUGAGGAAUCUAUUGUUGAAAUCUGGCUAUGAAGUUAAAAUGGUGAAGAUUACAGAAAGAGUGACUAGUACUUAUUUUGCCAGAAUAUUUUUCCACAAGGCAGGGGAAAAAGACAUUAUUAGUGUGGAUGCUCGUCCCUCCGAUGCCAUUAAUGUUGCCAGAAGACUUAAGGCACCAAUAUUUGUGAAUAAGCAAAUUGUCUUGACUGAUGCAACAAGAAUAGGUUAUGGAAUGGACCGAUCUAGCAGAAUUAAGUCCACCUAUGACGUAUUACUAGAUAGUGCAUCAGAUGGCCCCGAUUUACUUUCUGAAGAACUUAGUAUGUUGAGAAAUAUGAACUUAGCAGUGAAUGAGGAGAGGUACAAUGAUGCAGCUUUGUGGAAGGACAAACUGAUGAGACUUCGUGAGUUCAAGACAUGAGCUCUAAAAUCUUUCUCCAG